UCAUUCCCCAUUCUCUCACUGAUGCUCAAUGAUGGCGGAUAGUGCGAGUGAGAGCGACACGGACGGAGCCACCCCUCAGUGCUCCUCAUCCUUGUCCUCCUCCAUCCUUAUCUCUUCAUUCCGUCUAGAGGAGUUGACGAACCGCCUGGCUUCUUUACAGCAAGAGAAUAAAGUGCUGAAGAUCGAGCUCGAGACGUUUAAACUGAAGUGUAAAGCUCUGCAGGAGGAGAACAGAGACUUGCGCAAAGCCAGUGUCACCAUACAAGCGAGAGCAGAACAAGAAGAAGAGUUCAUCAGUAACACCCUUUUCAAGAAGAUUCAGGCUCUGCAGAAAGAGAAAGAAACACUAGCGGUCAACUAUGAGGAGGAAGAAGAGUUCCUCACUAAUGAGCUCUCCAGAAAACUUAUGCAAUUACAACACGAGAAAGCCGAACUGGAGCAGCACUUAGAACAGGAGCAGGAGUUUCAAGUCAACAAACUGAUGAAGAAGAUCAAAAAGCUGGAGAACGACACGAUCACCAAACAGCUCACCUUAGAGCAGCUUAGACGUGAAAAGAUCGACUUGGAAAACACCUUAGAGCAAGAACAAGAAGCUCUUGUGAAUCGGCUUUGGAAACGCAUGGACAAACUGGAAGCAGAAAAAAGGAUUCUUCAGGAGAAGCUUGACCAGCCUGUCUCCGCUCUGACGUCCCCCAGAGACAUCUCAAUGGAGAUCGACUCACCUGAGAAUAUGAUGCGACACAUCCGCUUCCUCAAGAGUGAGGUGGAGCGGCUGAAGAAGAACCUCCGCACUGCAGAGCUACAGCAGACCGAGAAGAGGGCUCAGUACAUAGAGGAAGAGCGCCACAUGCGGGAGGAGAACAUCCGGCUGCAGAGGAAGCUCCAGAGAGAGGUGGAGCGCAGGGAGGCACUGUGCCGGCAGCUCUCUGAGAGCGAGUCCAGCUUGGAGAUGGACGAUGAGAGGUACUUUAAUGAGAUGUCCGCUCAAGGCCUACGUUCCCGUACCGUAUCCAGCCCCAUUCCCUACAGCCCGUCCCCAUCCUCCAGCAGACCCAUCUCACCAGGGUUGUCUCAUGCGAGUCACACAGUGGGCUUCACGCCACCAACUACGCUGACCAGAGCAGGCAUGUCCUACUACAACACACCCGGCCUGCAUGUCCAUGUAGGAGCCUCUCACGGCAUUGCAAGACCCUCCCCAAGGAGAAGCAACAGUCCAGACAAAUUCAAGCGGCCUACACCCCCUCCUUCCCCCAACACCCAGGGUGGUGUCCAGCCCCCGCCUCCCCCUCCACCCGCCAUGCAGCAGUCCUUGCAGCCAUAGAUCAGUGAGCCAUCACAGGGACUCAAAACAGAGCUGCUUCACUGUAACAUCCCUCAAGCCAAAGGCUUAAGAAUCCUCAAUGUCUUCUUCAUCUCGCACUGAAACAUUCAUCUGUGUUGUGUUCAUAGUUCUGUGUAUGGAAGCGUUGAUUGUGUCUACUUAAGAUGGUGUGAGGUAAAGGCAUUUCCAGCUCAGGAGGAGUGAACAUCACUUCAGUGUAAAGCACUGUUUUAGCAAGCCCUUAUUGCUUUGGCAUUAGUUUGUGUCAAGCGAUCUAUGCCUUUAGCCACCAUUGCUUGCUUGUAGACGGACAAAAAUAUACUACUUAGGAAAUGACAUGGUCGUAUAUUUUUCAUAGUUGAGUAUUUUCCAGUGUUCAGACACUUUAGAAGUGUCAACCAGAGUGCACCAGCAGGACAUUCCAGAAAGCCACAGCUGUGCUUCUGUACUCCAAAUGGAAUCGUGGUCAAAUGGCCUUUAAAGGAUUUAACUGCGGCCCAAUAUCGCUUUUGAAUUCUUGGUUAAUAAUUCACAAGCAGGUGCCUCAAAAAGUGAUAAAAUAAGUCAUCCUGCUUAUGCAGCAAUAUGUAUUUGGUUAUUUCCUUGUAAUCACAAUUUUAAAAGCAUGACAGCAAAAUUCUUUGCAGUAGUAAGGAGUCUCCCAAAACUUUGUCCAGGUCAUAUUUCAUCCUUUAAUCAGAAAGAAAAAAAAAUUAAAUUAGGCCUUUGCUAUUAUAAUGCAUUAGAAAAAAAAGUCUAAUUUGGAAUGUGCUCAACUGUGUGUAUAGCUAAAAUAUUAACAUUUAUCUAGAAAUAUAUUUGGAUUUCCGAGCAAUACAUUUUUCUUACAUUGUGGCUUUAUUUUAAUGAUGAGCACAUUUUCCUUACAAAUUAUAUACCGUAUUUUCCUAAAACAUAGAACGCCCUCUCGCGGCUGUAGACGGUAAUGUUUUCUCUUGGUUCUUGGUUCUAAAUAAAUGCGAUUUAUAGUCCAGUGUGACUUGUAUGUUUUUUUCCCUCAUCAUGACGAAUUUGACUGAUGCGACUUAUACUCAGGUGCGACUUAAAGUCCAAAAAAUACGGUAGUUGUAAUGGGGAAGAAAAAAAUAAAUAUUUAUGCAGAGUUUUUUUUUUUUUUUUUUGAUUAUGGAGUGAAAUAUGAUGCCCUAGUAAGUGACUUCUUGCAGUGUUCACAUGAGAACACUCUUGUGUUUCGUGGCUGCUGCAGAUUCAGUGCGUUUUAGACAUCUGCCAGACUUUAAUCCUCCUGGUGGGUUCUAAAAGCUUUUUUUAUAUUUCAGCCAGACACUUAAAACAUUAAAUGGUGAACAUUAGAAAAGACUAGUCUCCUUUCUUAUUACAAACACACCUGCAGCUCUUUUCUGCUCAACAGUGUCUGGUACCACUGAAUUCUUUUUUUUUUUAAUAUACUGAGUUAUAACAAUGAGUUUGAACAAUUGUGCAAGGAAGUGAGUAAAAGCGUGUGUAAAUAGACUUGCUUUACAUAUGAGGUCCCUUUUGAAGUGUUUCUUCCACUAGUUUGUGUUUAAGUUCAUCUUAGACUCCUGUUAUUGGUGAGCUUUUUAGGAUUCUCCGAGAGUUACCAGAUAAAUUGCAAACUGAGUUGCAGCUGAACACGUGGAACACGAGUACACAAGAAAGCACUUAGGAUAGCACAGCUAUCAUUUCCUCCAUAUUCAAAGUAGACCAAUGAUUAAUUUCCUGGUCUAGCCAGCUGGACUGAAGUUAAGUCCAUUGUUUCGGAUAGGUUAGCUGUGGCCAAGUGGAUGCUAGGCCGUGUUAUGGAACAAUAUCUCACAAAAUCAUCACUGUUUUGCUGCAGCAUGACAUCAGUGCUUUUCACAUUUACUACAUGGUGUUUGUGUCUGUAUUUUCUUUUCAUCUUUUAUUCUUUAGCAUGUGUUCUCUGAGAGCACAAUUCUCAAUAGAAUGAGCAGAACAACCAGGAAAUGUUUUUUUUUUUUUUUUUUUUACUUUUGUUUACUUUUUACUGUUGUCAUUGUAAAUAUGAAUGUGUUUGUAUACAAAAAGAAUAUGCCGUAUUGCAAAUCUGUUUAAACCGUUUUCAGUUUUACCAGAGCUACUUUUUGUCUUUUCCAGCUUCACCCAGCUUUUGUUUUUAAGACUGUCGAUGAAUGAAUGUAAUGUUUGCUCAUUUUAUUGCUACCAUUAACAGAAGGGACACCUUUGAGCCUUAACUCACUGCACUAUUGCUAAAUGUAUGCAUCCUCUGUCUUUUUUGAUCAGUUUCAAACAGGUACAAGUUUUGCAUUGUGUCAUUUGUAAAGCAAGAACAUGCUACAUUAUGUAAUGGUUAUUUUGGUUAUUAAAAUUAUGAGGAUGAUCAUAACUGAAGAUUUCGAAUCGGUGUAAAACUAAUUUUUUAAGUAUUUAAAUUGCCUAAAGCACUUUGUAAGUCACUCUGGAUAAAAGCAUCUGCUAAAGGCCUUAAAUAUAAAUGCUUUGACAUGAUUGAAUUGCAUUGAAAAUGUACCACCUCUUCACUGUGUGCGUUGUCAACAGAUGACAUUGUUACAUCAACUUCAAUCGCACUAUUUUUCCCAUGUUGCAAAGUAAAGGUUUCAACAUAUAAUUCA